AUGCCCAGCCUCAAUAUCCUCAAGAAGCCGCUCCAGCUCUUCUCCACCCAGCCCAUGACGGGCUUUUACCGCGACGGCUUCUGCCGGACCAGCAUGCAGUCGGACCCGGGCAACCACGCCGUGGCCGGCGUCGUGAGCGACGAGUUCCUGCGGUACUCGGCCGCCCAGGGCAACGACCUGCGCACCAUUGGCCUCACGGGCGGCUGCAAGUGGUGCCUGUGCACGACGCGCUGGCUCGAGGCCGUGCAGGCCUUCAAGGACGGCAAGAUUAGUCGCGACGGCGUCCCGCGCGUCGACCUGGAUGCCACCGAGGAGAGCGCCCUCAAGCAUGCCGACCUGGACACUUUUAAGCAGUUUGCCUUGAAGAAGGAUGAGGUUAAUGGAAAUUAG